AUGGCGGGGAUGCGGGCAGGGAUGCGGGCAGGGAUGCGAGCAGGGAUGCGAGCAGGGAUGCGGGAGAGCCCUGCCCGCACCAUAACCUUGCCUGCACCAGAACCAGAACCCUGCCUGCACCAGAACCCGAACCCUGCCUGCACCACCCCUGCCCGCACCACAGCCCUGUCUGCUCCUCCAGGCCCUCCUGCCCGCAGUGCCCCGGGCACCGGAGCCCCGGGAGCUAUCGCAGAUUCGGACUCCGAGCGACGAGACGGGCACGGAGGGGCAGAGAUGUCCCGCCGCCUCCCGCCCUGCCCCGCGCCGCCCGCUCGCCCUUGCCGCCGCCCCGGCCCCGCAGCCGCCAUGAUCCGCGCCCCCCGCCUCCUCCUCCGCCUCACCGCCCGCCCGGUGCUGCAGCCGGGCCCCGCCCGCCGCUAUGCCGAGGCUGCCGCCGGGCAGAACGCCAUGGCCUUCACCUUCGCCUCGCCCACGCAGGUGUUCUACAACGCUGCCAACGUGAAGCAGGUGGAUGUGCCCACCAUGACCGGGUCCUUUGGCAUCCUGGCCUCCCACGUCCCCACCCUGCAGGUCCUCAGGCCAGGAGUGGUGACAGUCUAUGCUGAAGAUGGCACAGCCACCAAAUAUUUCGUGAGCAGCGGCUCCGUCACCGUCCACGCAGACUCCAGUGUGCAGGUGCUGGCAGAGGAGGCAGUGCCAAUGGACAUGCUGGACCUGGCAACUGCAAAAUCAAACCUGGAGAAGGCUGUGUCAGAGAUGGCUGCAGCGUCUGACGAGGCAGCAAAAGCAGAAGCUCAGAUUAAAGUAGAAGCUAACGAAGCUCUUAUAAAAGCCCUGGAGUAAUUCAGGAAUCUCACUGCUGCCGUGGAGAGAGAGCCCAUCCUGCCCUGCCCACCCCGGUUCAGCUGGUGCAGGGCAAAUGGAGGUGGAGAAAAGCCUCUGAUCAAUUAAAAGGAAAUGUAAUCCCUGCUC